AUGACUGGCACAGGACAAGAGGAAGAGGACCAAUCCGUAUGCCCCAGAAUGAUGGAUGACAGGCGCACUAUGCUGCACAUCCUUGAGGAGCCUCAGAUGCGACGGGAGAGAGAGAGACUCCGAACUUUUCAAAACUGGCCUGCAGACGCGCCAGUCACCUCUGGAGACCUGGCCAAGGCAGGCUUCUUCUUUCUGGGCCCCGGGGAUAAAGUCCAGUGUUUCUGCUGUGGUGGGAUUUUAACAUACUGGGUACAUGGGGAUAGCCCGACCGCCGAGCACAAGAGGCAUUUCCCGACUUGUAGUUUCAUACUGGGGAGAGCCGUGGGGAAUAUUCCGCUCCUGGGAUCCUCGGACUCUGUGGACGGUCAGCUGCUGAGCCAGCUCCAGAGGAUGACUGUGGAUGACCAAGGGGCGGCCGGACAGGCAAUCUACCCGGAGAUGGAGGAGGAGGACUCCCGGCUCACCACUUUCCACAACUGGCCCACCGGUGCUUCAGUGCAGCCUGAUGUUCUUGCCAGAGCAGGAUUUUUCUACACAGGCCACGGUGACAAUGUCAAAUGUUUCUACUGUGAUGGAGGGCUGCGGAACUGGGAGCCGGGGGACGACCCCUGGCAGGAGCAUGCCAAGUGGUUUCCACGAUGUGAGUUUCUGAUCCAGACGAGAGGACAGGACUAUAUCAAUAACAUUCAGGAUUCUCAUUUCCACCUGGGUGAGACUGUGGGUGGAUCACAGACACCCACAGGCAGGGAGAUCACCUCAGGAAAUGAUGUGGUUGGAGGUCUGGGGGCUUCCUCGGCCAUGCUUUCUCCUGUGGUGCAGACCGUUCUGCAGAUGGGCUUUGACACUAGCCUGGUAGAGAGCCUGGUCCAGACCAAGUACCUUUUGACCGGCCAGCACUACACCUCAGUAUCUGACCUGGUCACUGACAUACUGCAGGCAGAGGAAGAGGACAGACAGAGGGGGCCACAGAGCAGAGAGCCAGAGGUGAGGCAAGGCCCCAGUGCUGGCAGUAUGAGGACACAAACACCCAUCAGAGAGAAAGCAGGGGACCCCAGUCCAGAGGAGCUACUGAGGCAGCUGCAGGAGGAGAGGACCUGUAAGGUGUGUAUGGACAAGCUGGUGUCCAUUGUCUUCAUCCCUUGUGGUCAUCUGGUGGUGUGCAGCGACUGUGCUGCCAGCCUGCGCCACUGCCCCAUCUGCAGAGCUGUGAUCAGGGGCAGCGUUCGUGCCUUCAUGUCCUAA